AUGGAACACGAGCACCCCUUCCAAUGGAGACGUCGGACAGCACCGGUGGAAGGGCUGACGCGCACGCGCGACAAGUACCGUGUAGUGUACACAGAGAAACAGCGGACAGGCCUGGAGCACGCCUUUGAGGAAAACAAGUUCAUCGCGCUGCAGACCAAACUGGAACUGGCCAAGGAACUCGACCUUUCUGAGAGACAGAUCAAGCUAUGGUUUCAAAACCGACGGGCAAAAGAAAGACGAGAUUUGAAAAAAUCCAACGUGACAAAAACAGCUGGAGGCUCUUCAUCAACAAAGGACAAAACUUCGUCUAAUACCUCGCUCAACUAUAAGACGCCGUUAUUGAACUACACAGACUGCCAGUUUCAAGGCAAAGUAGCGGUUGGUAAUUUCCAGGCUACACUACCUUGCUUUGAAUCCAUGACCACCAAACCACAGAGAGAUACAAUAAUGGCCAACGACAGUUCACCACACUCUUUGAAUGAAUCUACAAUGUUUCCAAAUCCAUGGAAGUUCGGAGAAAGCAGAGACUGGUCUCCAUACCUAGAUGUUUCUCCCAUAGGUGGCAAUAUCAGUCAGAGAUGGUGA